AUGUCUUCAAACCCAGCGAUGCAGGUGCACCCAGGCCGUGGGCUUGGUUUCCUCGUCUUAGGAGCUUCGUUGCACGAUGUCUUGACGCGACUGAAAGCCCAAGUACAGGUUUACCCUAGCAUAGACGUCUCCUAUUCGCCGUCCAAGCCUCUUGCUGCCCCUGUCAUACUGAAUCUACCUCCGAAUGGCAUUCGUCUACGAUUCGAUGGACCUGACCAGAGACUUAGGCUGAUCGAGGUCCUGGAUUUCACCAAGACGCAGUUGAUCUACAAGAAUACUGAUCUGGUCAAACUACCUGAGACAACAGGGCCAGAUUCUUCAACAUCAAGUUUAAGCGGCCCAGCCUUUCGACACGUCUACAAUAGACUAAUGGGCCCCGCGUUUCCUGGAGAAUACAUUCCACCAGCUUCCAACUCGGGCUUGACACAAGGAUUGUACAUACUAUCAUACCCGGGUAUCGCAUUCACGUUUCCAUUCCAGGAUUCCAAAUGGGAUCCUGCCAAGGACUUUGUUUCUUUACUUUCUUCCAACGCUGCUGCACCCGGGAAAUCGAUGGCGAUUUUUGGUGGUGAAUCAUGGCAAGAUGCGUGUCACGAGUUGAUGAUUACUCCAUGCUCGAACCCAAGGUUACUUGCGCUUUCGAGCCGUGGUAAAGAGUUCCGCCCGCGUGAAGUUGAUCUUGUUAGAAUUCGUGGCAAUGGUUGGGUAGACGUUGAAAGAGGGGCCAAUACCCCCAACUUUCGGAUCAGUCUGGGCAAGACCACUCCACAAGAUCUUGUGGCAGAAUUGGGCUCACCAGACGCGAUAUACCACAAAUCUGACCGGAAGAUGGCUGUCUACAAAAUUCAGCAUAGGGAUCGAAAAACCGCAAGGACCUCAUCCGGCACCUUCUACACUAAUCAUGAAGACAUGACCGAUACUGAUCAGUCUUCUCUGCAAUCAGCCACCGACGACUCAGACGCUGAAGAACGGUCGAACGCUACGGGUAACACAAAGGCAGACUCGUCUGCCGAAUGCUUCUACAACUACUUCAACCAUGGGUUUGAUAUCUUCAUCUCACGGCCCACCCUUCCGGCCCCUAGUUUCUCUUCUGCUGAGAAUGACGGCAGAGAGAUGGUCGAAGUAGGGGAGUCAAACCAGCUUGUGGCAACAAAGGUUCUCUUGCACGCCAACGUGCCAGGAUCUUAUCCAUUUAAUCGCUAUCGCCGUAGUCGUUGGGUCAUUGAUGUCCAAACCUCUGAACUCGACGGUGCCUUGAAUUCGGAGACUCCCUUUACCACACUGUCUGGAUCCCUCCGGCAGAUCUCGCGAAACCAUUCUGCGGGUGAGAACGGCGAGGACUCACUCCAAAGGCACAUAGUGCUCAACAGAGAAUUGGCAGAAAGUCCAGGGAGCAGCUGCGAACUGCUCGGCGGAUGGGAGGAAAGCACAGACACCCAGCGAGAAGGCUCAAUGGACAGUACGGCCAGAGAUGGUCCAGGACCGAAGGUAUCAGACCGCCCAACAUACAUCAAGCGAUGUACAGAUGACCUAUACAAGUGGCAGAAAGACCGACAUCCAACCCCUACAUUUACACUACAUGACGGGCCUCCAUACGCGAAUGGUGACCUACACAUUGGCCAUGCGCUUAACAAGAUACUGAAAGACAUCACAUGUCGCGUUCACUUACGGGAGGGUAGAGUGGACUGGGUCCCGGGUUGGGAUUGCCAUGGACUACCAAUCGAGCUUAAAGCUCUUCAAGAGCAGGGGAAGAAGCCUGGCAUUCUGACUGAGAAGGCGGACCCGGUGAAUAUAAGAAAUGCGGCGAGAAAGCUGGCAGUAAAGACGGUGGAGAAACAGAAGAAGUCCUUUCGAGAAUGGGCGAUUAUGGCAGAUUGGGACAGUGCUUGGACUACAAUGGACAAGGGUUUUGAGAUCGAACAGCUACAUGUCUUCAAAGAGAUGGUGAAAAAGGGCCUUAUCUAUCGGAGAUUCAAACCAGUGUACUGGUCUCCAUCAUCGCGGACUGCGUUAGCGGAGGCGGAGCUUGAGUAUCGGGAGGAUCAUAUGUCUACGGCUGCAUUCAUCAAAUAUCCACUUCACGACUGUUCAGAGGCUCUCAAAGAGAAGCUCAACAUCAAUAUAAAAUGUCUCAGCGCUGCCAUAUGGACGACUACACCUUGGACUCUUCCAGCGAACAGAGCAAUCGCAUUUCACAAGGACAUAGAUUAUGAAAUCGUCCAUUCUGCGGCCCACGGCUAUAUCUUGCUUGCUGCUUCUAGAGUCGACGAGUUGCGGAGGCACUGCCAAGAAGGUUUAAAGACCCUUCUUUCCAUUCAAGGAAGAGAGAUCAAUGGAAUGACAUAUCGCAGCCCAGUGUUCGACAGCCAGGCAUCGCCCAGGCCACUGCUACAUGGGGAUUUUGUCACGGAAGGAUCGGGAUCAGGGCUGGUUCAUGUGGCUCCAGGCCAUGGCAUGGAGGAUUAUGAGUUGUGCCUGAAUCAUGGAAUUCCGGCUUUUGCUCCCGUCGAUGAUGAAGGUUGCUUCGUUGACGGCAUAGAAUGGCUGUCAGGUCAGGAUGUGUUGACCACAGGAAACGAGUCAGUACUAAAGCGUCUGUCGGAUCUUGAUUGUCUCAUAGCACGACAUGAUUACAAGCACAAGUACCCAUAUGACUGGCGCUCGAAGCAACCCGUCAUCGUGAGGGCUACAGCGCAGUGGUUCGCAAACGUUGGCGACAUUCAAGAGUCUGCUUUGGAAGCAUUAGACUCCGUGAAGUUCAUCCCUACAAGCAGCAAGACUCGACUCCAGACCUUUGUCAAGAACCGGAAUGAAUGGUGUAUAUCAAGACAGAGGGCGUGGGGCGUGCCUAUUCCAGCGCUAUACAACAUCGAGACUGAUGAGGCACUUUUGACUGAGACCAGUGUGUCUCAUAUCACCUCAGUCAUCAAAGAACGUGGCAUAGAUGCAUGGUGGACUGAUAAUGAAAUGGACCCUGCAUGGACACCGCCACCGUUAAGGAGUCACCAAGGCGAGACAAAGUAUAGGAGAGGCAAGGACACCAUGGACGUGUGGUUUGACAGCGGGACAAGCUGGACUCAGAUGCAGAGGGUAUCAGAAAAUCAUACUCAUAUCGCUGACUGCUACAUUGAAGGGACUGACCAGCACAGAGGAUGGUUUCAAUCCAGCCUGCUGACUCAUGUGGCGUACCAAAGAGAGACUGCUCAGAUCGAACCGGAAGGCGGUCCAGGCUCCGUACAAAUUUUACCAUCAGCACCCUACAAGAAUUUGAUAACCCAUGGUUUCGCUUUGGACCAGGAUGGGCGCAAGAUGAGCAAGUCUGUCGGCAACGUCGUGUCCCCGAGUGAAAUCAUGGAAGGAACACUUUUGCCUCCAACGAAGAAGAAGAUCAAUGGGGCAAUGACCGAAAUUCGUGAUGGUAUGGGCCCAGAUGCUCUUCGCCUGUGGGUUGCGAGUUGCGAUUACACUACCGAUGUACGAGUCAGCCGAACUAUGCUACAGGCAGUCAAUGGCAGUCUGUCGAAGUAUCGCGUCACUUUCAAACUUCUUCUGGGUAUCCUUAACGACUUUGAUCCCUCAAAGUGCUCUAGCUUUAGAGAACAGGCCAGCAGUAUCCACCAAAUUGCCCUCCUGCAGUUGCUAGAGGUGAAGUCUAGCGUGGAGAAGCACUACCGCUCAAUGGAAUUCAACCGAGCUAUGGCCAAUAUUAAUGCUUAUGUCAACACCAAUCUCUCAUCUUUCUACUUUGAAAGCAUCAAGGACGUGGCUUAUUGCGGCACUAUACAGGAACGAGCCCAAGUCCAAGCUACACUGUACUGGAUACUUACCGAGCUGCAACAGAUGCUUCUUCCUGUGACCCCUUUGCUUAUUGAAGAAGUUUGGGACUACACCCCGAAGCUCAUUAAAGACUACAACCCUACACCACCUGCAAUGCGACUACGCAAAAACUCGAGCCUUCCAGUUCAGCAAGACAUGGGGAAGCUUUUAUCGAAGUCUGAUAUUCCUCUUUUAAUGCGAGCCUUAGCUGCAGUCAGGAAUGGGCAGGAAGCUGCUCGAAAUGACAAGAAGAUGGGAGAUUCCCUGCAAUCGUACGUUUUGUUGGAGAUCAAUCCGAUGCUGGAAGCAAAAACCCCGGCUCUUGACCUCUUGAGGCGCUAUCAGGAUGACCUGGAAACUCUCUUCGUGGUGUCUCACGUCAGCAUUGUCGAAGGGGGAAAUCUAUCAAAAUUAGACAAAGCCAGGUGGUCCUACAACACGGAUUGUGAUAUUCAGGGGCAGAUGAUCAGAAUACAUGUACACGAGCCGGAGCAGGCGAAAUGCAAUCGAUGUUGGAGGUAUAAAGCCCCUUUGGAUAUACCAAAAGAGGACGCUCUAUGCCGAAGGUGUGCGCUGGUGGUCGACGACUUGAAGGAUCGAACGCCCGGGCUUUUCGAGUACGGUCUCCGUACUUAA